AUGACUAAAAAAAUCAUUAGAACAGUUGAAGAAUUAAAAAUUCCGGCGGUUGCUUCCCACCAGGUCUACUAUUGCCAAAGCAAAGAAAGACUCCUGAAAGAGAUUAUUGUAGCUAAUGAAGGGAUGAAUGGCAGUCGUCAUUAUCUCUACAACCAAGCCACCCUGGAUGACAAGGAAGACCGCUUUUCCCAUCUUCCUCCACAACACUUACUCGCCUUAGAAGAAAUGAUUAACCACUGGCUUUUUCUCAAUGAUAAACAACUGAUUGAAAACCUUAUUUUUAAAUAUCCGCAAGUAAUAGUAAAUAAAGUGGGGAAAGUCAAUAUUAAACAACCACCUCUUAACUACUCAGCAACUGGAAGCAGCCGAAAAGAAGAAAAUGAUUUAAUUUUGGCCUAUACCCAGCGAGCCCAGGAAAUUUUUGGCAAUCACUGA